AGUUGUCAUCAUCGGAUCCUGAGCAGAAGACGAGUGCGGGUCUGUUGCCGACGACAAGUGGAAAUCAGUUAAAUAUUAGGGAAAUAUAAUAGAAUUUUAUAAUAAUGAACUUUCUUACUAGAAAUAUAACCUCUCUGGCGCAGGCCUGUUGCACCAGCACGUUGCGAGGUCUUGACAUCGUCAGAACUAAGACCGGACUUUGGAAAAUGCACUUGACCGGUCCGAUAAUCAAGAACAGGCCAAAUAAGAACCCGUUAGAUGGAAGGCCGUUCGCCAAAGGAGUUGUACUCAAGACUCUUAUAAAGAAACCGAAAAAACCAAACUCGGCUAACCGGAAAUGCGUAUUGGUCAGACUGUCGAAUGGGAAGGAAAUGACCGCCUACGUCCCAGGAAUUGGCCACAAUCUUCAAGAACACAACAUAGUCCUCGUCAGAGUUGGAAGAUGUCAAGACGUGCCUGGAGUCAAGAUAAAAUGUGUCCGAGGAGCGUACGAUCUGCCCCACGUCGUUAAGCCGUCGCCCUGAAUACAUGCGUGGAAAAUUACUUUUUGAUAGUUUAUAGUACACGUUGCGCCAAUAAAACCAUAAUGUUCGUUCAUAA